CCCAUACCGAACCCCCCCAUACCGGUACCGAACCCCCCCAUACCAACCCCCGGUACCGGCAGCAUGGCUCGGUUCGGAGACGAACUCUCUUCUUCGGGCCGCUACGGGCCCGGCGGCGGCGGCGGCGGGAGCGGCACCGGCACCACGGCGACGACCGGGGGAGGGGGUCGCGGUGCCGGGGGGGGUCCUCGUCAGGGUGGCCCCCCCGGGGCUCAGCGGCUCUACAAGCAAUCCAUGGCCCAGCGCGCCCGCACCAUGGCCCUGUACAACCCCAUCCCGGUGCGCCAGAACUGCCUCACCGUCAACCGCUCGCUCUUCCUCUUCAGCGAGGACAACGUGGUGAGGAAAUACGCCAAAAAGAUCACCGAAUGGCCUCCUUUUGAAUACAUGAUUUUAGCCACCAUCAUCGCCAACUGCAUCGUCCUGGCCCUGGAGCAGCACCUGCCCGACGAGGACAAGACCCCCAUGUCGGAGCGGCUGGACGACACGGAGCCGUAUUUCAUCGGCAUCUUCUGCUUCGAGGCGGGGAUCAAGAUCAUCGCGCUGGGCUUCGCCUUCCACAAAGGCUCCUACCUGCGCAACGGCUGGAACGUCAUGGACUUCGUGGUGGUGCUGACGGGCAUCCUGGCCUCGGUGGGCUCCCAGUUCGACCUGCGGACGCUGCGGGCCGUGCGCGUGCUGCGGCCCCUCAAGCUGGUCUCGGGGAUCCCAAGUCUGCAGGUGGUGCUCAAGUCCAUCAUGAAGGCGAUGAUCCCGCUGCUGCAGAUCGGGCUCCUGCUCUUCUUCGCGAUCCUCAUCUUCGCCAUCAUCGGCCUGGAGUUCUACAUGGGCAAAUUCCACACCACCUGCUUCGACCUGGUCACAGACGAGAUCAAGGUGGAGGUCCCGUGCGGGACGGACGAGCCGGCGCGGAUCUGCCCCAACGGCACCAAGUGCAAGAAGUACUGGGAGGGGCCCAACUACGGCAUCACGCAGUUCGACAACAUCCUCUUCGCCGUGCUCACCGUCUUCCAGUGCAUCACCAUGGAAGGCUGGACCGACCUCCUCUACUAUAGCAACGACGCCUCAGGGAACACUUGGAACUGGCUCUACUUCAUCCCCCUCAUCAUCAUCGGCUCCUUUUUUAUGCUCAACCUCGUGCUGGGGGUCCUGUCCGGGUCAGCGCCGGGGGGGUCCCCCUUCGCCCGUGCCAGCCUCAAAAGUGCCAAGCUGGAGAACGCCUCGUUCCUGCAGCGCCGCGAGCGGCGCGUGCGCUUCCACAUCCGGCGCAUGGUGAAAACUCAGGCCUUCUACUGGACCGUGCUCAGUCUGGUAGCGCUCAACACCCUGUGUGUUGCUAUCGUUCACUACGACCAGCCAGAUUGGCUCUCCGACUUCCUCUACUAUGCAGAAUUCAUUUUCUUGGGACUCUUUAUGUCCGAAAUGUUUAUAAAAAUGUACGGGCUGGGGACGCGGCCUUACUUCCACUCGUCCUUCAACUGCUUCGACUGUGCCGUUAUCAUCGGAAGCAUCUUCGAGGUGAUCUGGGCCGUGGUGAAGCCGGGAACGUCCUUUGGGAUCAGCGUGCUGCGAGCUCUCAGGUUACUGCGCAUCUUCAAAGUCACCAAGUACUGGGCUUCCCUGCGGAACCUGGUGGUGUCCCUGCUCAACUCCAUGAAAUCCAUCAUCAGCCUCCUCUUCCUCCUCUUCCUCUUCAUCGUCGUCUUCGCCCUUUUGGGGAUGCAGCUCUUCGGGGGGCAGUUCAAUUUUGACGACGGGACCCCUCCCACCAAUUUCGACACUUUCCCGGCAGCAAUAAUGACGGUGUUCCAGAUCCUGACGGGCGAAGAUUGGAACGCGGUGAUGUACGACGGCAUCAAAUCUCAGGGCGGCGUCAAGGGCGGCAUGGUCUUCUCCGUCUACUUCAUCGUCCUCACCCUCUUCGGAAACUACACGCUGCUCAACGUCUUCUUGGCCAUCGCCGUCGACAACUUGGCCAACGCGCAGGAGCUCACCAAGGAUGAGCAGGAGGAGGAGGAAGCCGCCAACCAGAAGCUGGCGCUGCAGAAGGCCAAGGAGGUGGCCGAGGUCAGCCCGCUGUCCGCAGCCAACAUGUCCGUGAGCAUGAAGGAGCAGCAGAAGAACCAGAAAUCCUCCAAGUCGGUGUGGGAGCAGCGCACCAGCGAGCUGCGCAAGCAGAACCUGCUGGCGAGCCGCGAGGCUCUCUACAGCGAGCUGGACCCCGAGGAGCGCUGGAAGGUGCCCUACGCUCGCCACCUGCGCCCGGACAUGAAGACUCACCUGGACCGGCCGCUGGUGGUGGAUCCGCAGGAGAACCGCAACAACAACACCAACAAGACGCGGCCCGGGGAGCCGCCGCUGGCCGAGCCGCGCUGCUUCGGCCCGCUCCGCCCCGACGAGCUGCGGCGGCAGCAGCGCUACCCCGAGCACGGCCCGCGACCCCCGGAGCCCUCCUCGGGACCCCCGGCCGGGAGCCGCCGGCCCCGCAGCAGCAGCCGCGAACCGGAGCGGGAGCCCAGCCAGGAGCGCGGGGGUUACGGGGAGGGCGAGCGGCCCAAGGGGCGGCACCGGAGCCGCGAGGGGCGAGCGGGGGGGUCCCCGCCGGAACGGGAGCACCGGAGGCACCGAGGGCAUCGUAGAGGAGGGCCCGAGGAGGGAGAGGAGGGAGGAAGGAUCCCUCCCGAGCGGCGGCCGCGGCACCGGGACGGGGGCAGAGCGCCGAGGGGAGAGGGCGACGGCGAGCACGGAGAUGGCGAGCGGCGGCGGCGGCACCGGCACGGGGCACCCCCCGGGUACGACGGAGAGGGCAGGAGGGAGGACAAGGAGCGGCGGCACCGCAGGAGGAGGGAGCCGCAGCCCCCCCCGGCCCCGUCGGGCCCCACCCUGUCCACCACGCGGCCCAUCCAGCAGGAUUUGGGGCGCCGCGACCCCCCCGUGGCCGAGGACAUCGACAACAUGAAGAACAACAAACUGGCCACGACCACCGCCGACCCCCCCCCCGCGCCCCCCUCCCUGGGCAACCACGCCCCCUGCCCCCCACCGCCGCACCCCCCUCCCCCGCCCCCCGAGAACAGCCUGGGGGUCUCCAAGCCCCCCAACAACCCCUCCAAGGUGGGGGGAGGGGGCCGACCCGAGCACACGGCCGUGGACAUCCCCCCCCCCUUCCCGCCGCCCCCCAGCAACGCCCUGGUCCAAGUGAACAGGAACGCCAACCCCGAGCCGCUGCCCCGCAAGGAGGAGGAGGAGAAGAAGGAGGAGGAAGGCGAGGGGCAGGACGAGAACGGCCCCAAGCCCAUGGUGCCCUACAGCUCCAUGUUCAUCCUGUCCACCACCAACCCGUUCCGGCGGCUGUGCCACUACAUCGUGAACCUGCGCUAUUUCGAGAUGUGCAUCCUGAUGGUGAUCGCCAUGAGCAGCAUCGCGCUCGCCGCCGAGGACCCCGUGCAGCCCAACGCCCCCCGCAACAACGUGCUGCGUUACUUCGAUUACGUCUUCACGGGGGUCUUCACCUUCGAGAUGGUGAUCAAGAUGGUGGACCUGGGGCUGGUGCUCCACCAAGGCUCCUACUUCCGGGACCUGUGGAACAUUCUGGAUUUCAUCGUGGUCAGCGGCGCCCUGGUGGCCUUCGCCUUCACCGGCAGCAGCAAGGGGAAGGACAUCAACACCAUCAAGUCGCUGCGCGUGCUGCGCGUGCUGCGGCCCCUCAAGACCAUCAAGAGGCUGCCCAAGCUCAAGGCCGUGUUCGACUGCGUGGUGAACUCCCUCAAGAACGUGCUCAACAUCCUCAUCGUCUACAUGCUCUUCAUGUUCAUCUUCGCCGUGGUGGCCGUGCAGCUCUUCAAGGGCAAGUUCUUCUACUGCACCGACGAGUCCAAGGAGUUCGAGAAGGACUGCAGGGGGGAGUACCUGGUCUACGAGAAGGACAACGAGGUGAAGGCGCAGAAGCGCGAGUGGAAGAAGUACGAGUUCCACUACGACAACGUGCUCUGGGCGCUGCUGACGCUCUUCACCGUCUCCACCGGCGAGGGCUGGCCGCAGGUGCUGAAGCACUCGGUGGACGCCACCUACGAGAACCAGGGCCCGAGCCCCGGGUACCGCAUGGAGAUGUCCAUCUUCUACGUGGUCUACUUCGUGGUGUUCCCCUUCUUCUUCGUCAACAUCUUCGUGGCCCUCAUCAUCAUCACCUUCCAGGAGCAGGGCGACAAGAUGAUGGAGGAGUACAGCCUGGAGAAGAACGAGAGGGCCUGCAUCGACUUUGCCAUCAGCGCCAAGCCGCUGACGCGCCACAUGCCCCAGAACCGCCAGAGCUUCCAGUACCGCAUGUGGCAGUUCGUGGUGUCCCCUCCCUUCGAGUACACCAUCAUGGCCAUGAUCGCCCUCAACACCAUCGUGCUCAUGAUGAAGUUCUACGACGCCUCCGACACCUACGAGAACGUGCUCAAGAUGUUCAACAACGUCUUCACCUCCCUCUUCUCCCUCGAGUGUCUCCUCAAGAUCAUGGCCUUCGGGGUCCUGAAUUACUUCCGCGACGCCUGGAACGUCUUCGACUUCGUGACGGUGCUGGGCAGCAUCACCGACAUCCUGGUGACGGAAUUCGGGAACAAUUUCAUCAACCUGAGCUUCCUGCGGCUGUUCCGCGCCGCGCGCCUCAUCAAGCUCCUGCGCCAGGGCUACACCAUCCGCAUCCUGCUCUGGACCUUCGUGCAGUCCUUCAAGGCCCUGCCCUACGUGUGCCUGCUGAUCGCCAUGCUCUUCUUCAUCUACGCCAUCAUCGGCAUGCAGGUGUUCGGGAACAUCGGCAUCGAGGAGGAGGAUGACGAGUCGGCCAUCACCCAGCACAACAACUUCCGCACCUUCUUCCAGGCGCUGAUGCUGCUCUUCAGGAGUGCCACCGGGGAGGCGUGGCACGAGAUCAUGCUGUCGUGCCUCAGCGGGAAGCCGUGUGACGAGAACUCGGGCAUCAAGGAGGACGAGUGCGGCAACGAGUUCGCCUACUUCUACUUCGUCUCCUUCAUCUUCCUCUGCUCCUUCCUGAUGCUGAACCUGUUCGUGGCCGUCAUCAUGGACAACUUCGAGUACCUGACCCGCGACUCCUCCAUCCUGGGCCCGCACCACCUGGACGAGUACGUGCGGGUCUGGGCCGAGUACGACCCCGCGGCCUGGGGCCGCCUGACCCUCGCCGACAUGUACGAAAUGCUGCGGCACAUGUCGCCGCCGCUGGGGCUGGGCGCCAGCUGCCCCCCCCGCGUGGCCUAUAAGCGGCUGCUCCGCAUGGACCUGCCGGUGGCCGACGACAACACGGUGCACUUCAACUCCACCCUGAUGGCCCUGAUCCGCACGGCGCUCGACAUCAAGAUCGCCAAAG